AUGAAGCAGCUUCAAUGUCUGCUCUUCAUGACCAUCAUCUUCAUCUUUGCAUCCGUUGUCAAGUCGUCCGAGUUUGAGCUGGAGGAUGAGGAUGAUGAACACUCGUGGCUUACCGAUGAAGAUGAUCGGGUGAACAUGGUUCAGAGCCACCACAGUUCAAGAAGAAAGUGUCAACUUUCGGCCGGAAAGUGGGUUUAUGAUCAAUCCUACCCUCUCUAUGACUCUACCUGUCCAUAUCUUAGCACUGCCGUCACUUGUCAAAAAAAUGGAAGGCCGGAUUCCGACUACGAAAAGUGGCGCUGGAAGCCAAACCGCUGCUCCAUUCCCAGGUUUGAUGCAUUGAAAUUUCUUGGCAAAAUGAGAAGGAAAAGAAUAAUGUUGGUGGGUGAUUCUAUAAUGAGGAAUCAGUGGGAGUCUCUUGUGUGUUUAGUACAAGGAGUUGUUCCAACAGCUCGAAAGAGAGUCACCUACAAUGGUCCUUCUAUGGCAUUCCAUGCAAUGGACUUUGAGGUAUCCAUUGAGUUUACAUGGGCUCCACUCCUAGUAGAACUGAACAAGGGAGCUGCAAACAAGAGGAUUUUGCAUUUGGAUUUGAUAGAGGAGAAUGCAAAGUACUGGAGAGGAGUUGAUGUCCUUGUUUUUGAUUCAGCUCACUGGUGGACUCACUCUGACAAAACAUCGUCGUGGGAUUACUACAUGGAGGGCAAAUCUCUGUUUACAAGUAUGAAUCCAAUGGUUGCAUACCAGAAAGGACUCACUACAUGGGCUAAAUGGGUUGAUUUAAACUUAGACCCUCGCAAGACCCGAGUAAUUUUCCGAAGCAUGUCCCCUAGGCAUAACAGAGAAAAUGGUUGGAGAUGCUACAAUCAGAAGCAGCCUUUGGCAAAUUUCAGUCAUCAACAUGUUCCUGAACCUCUGCUGGUGCUACAAGGGGUAUUGAGAAAAAUGAGAUUUCCAGUUUAUCUUCAGGACAUAACCACAAUAUCGGCGUUUAGAAGAGACGGACACCCUUCGGUGUAUAGAAGGGCCAUGGGACAAGAAGAGAAGCAGCACCUGAGAGAGUAUUCAUCGGACUGCAGCCAUUGGUGUCUUCCUGGUGUACCUGAUAUCUGGAAUGAGAUGUUGAGUGCCUUGCUCUAACCGUAACAGAGUAUGAGGGACUUGAGAGAGUUGUACUGUAUGAACACUAGUUAGGUAAAGUGGCUAGAACAACUCUCUCUCUGCCAUGUUAGAGACUUCUUGUUAAUUAGACUGUAAGGGAGUGUAAUGAUAAGUCAUGAUGCAGUGUGUUCAUCUGUACAAGGACAACAAGAUGUUAUGUUUGGUAGCAAAGUCUCUCACUGUACUCAUUUUAAGUCUCUUUUUAAUUUGCACUCCUUCCUUUUAU